GAGUACAAGAGUGCUGUGAAUGAAUUUAGAACGAAACAGUGUCUCAAAACAAUUCAAUGGCACACAAACUCCUCUUCAAACCAACAUUCAUUCUCACUCUCACAAAACAAUUCACAACAAAAUCUCACAACUAUUCACACCACCACUUUCUUCAUCAUCAUCAUCACCAUUAUCCAUUUUUCCACUCCAAAAUAUCCUCUUCCUUUCUCAACCUCAACACUCACCCAAUCUCACUUCGCUCCACAACCACCACCGCCACCGCCGCUGCCGCCAUCCCCAAUUACGGCGGUUACCUAGACCUAACAGACGAUGACCUAAUGCGCCAGUGCGAAAUGGGCACAUUCAAAAGCUCUGGUCCCGGGGGUCAACACCGUAACAAACGCGAAUCUGCUGUUCGACUCAAACAUUUACCCACUGGAAUCAUCGCUCAGGCUUCUGAAGAUCGCUCUCAGCAUAUGAACCGCGCUUCUGCUCUCAAACGCCUUCGCUCUCUUAUAGCUCUCAAAGUCAGGAAAACAGUGGAUCUUGAUGCUUAUGCACCACCUCGAGAGCUUCUUCAGAUACUCCCUCCCAAGUCAUUAAUUAGAGGGGCAGAGAUUGGUUCACAAAUUGGACCCAAUAACCCAAAAUUUGCAAUGGGAAUGCAAGCUCUUCUGGAUCUCAUUUUUGCAGUUGACGGAUCCGUCUCAGAUGCUGCAAAAUAUCUCGGGUUAUCUACUGGAGCAGUGUCUCGGUUAAUCCUUUCUGAUGAUUCACUUAGAAAGGAAGUAAAUGAUCUGCGGGCAUCAAAGGGUAUGAAGCCUCUCAAGUAGAAGCCUAAAAACCUAACCCAAUUGACGAAAUUGAGAGUGAACAAUAUAGAAGCUGAUGAGACCAAAAAAUGUUGAAUUUUCAGAUUGUGGAGAGAAGAACUCAACACAUUCUCCAGAACACAACCACUAGAGUUGGAUUUGUUUUUGAAGGUUUGUGCUUAAGGAAUAUCAAAGAUAUUAACCUAAAAUAAAAGCCACAUUUUUUAGAUUUUUGCUGUUCAAGAUAGCUAUGUGUAAAUAUUUUAUUUCUCUGCCUCUUUAUACCCUAUAUAUACAGUGUUUAUUUUAAUUUGUUUCUAUAGAACAUAAAGUUGGCAAAUUGUAAUUAAAGAUGCAGAUAUUAGUAGAUUUUAUAGAAAUAAAUAUUAUAUGUAUCAGUUUCUUGACAGGAUAAUGGUGUGUGCACCACCUAUCAAAGUGAUUCACUUUAGAAUUUUUGCUUUGAA